AUGAAAAUCAAACAAGAUAAGCAAAAAGUUUCAAUUCCCCUAAAAGAGCAAUUCAUCAAUUCCAUCCUUCAACUUUAUUAUUAUGCUCCUUUAAAUAAAUCUGUUUUAUUUGGCUUUUAUGCUUUAGGAUUGUUAUAGCCUUUGCUAUUCCAAAACUUCCCUCUAAAUUCAUUUACUCAGUUAGAUGAUUAAAUACUAACACCUAUUAAUUAAUUUUGGUACAUUGAAGUUGUGGCUCGCCUUGACUUUAUCAUUUAAGACUACAUACCCAAAUAUUGUUAUUUGAUACCAAUGAUCUUUAGCAUAGUGUUUAUUUUUAUCCCUUUAUUAUUGAAUAUUUCUAACAAAUGGAACUCAAAUAAUAAACGAAUAAUUAAUAAGCUAUCCUUUUAUAUGCAUUUGAGUUCAUACCUUUUUUAGCUUCAACCAAUAUUCUUAUAAAUACCAUUAUAUUGUCUCUGCUUUCAAUCUUUAAGUUAUAAUAUAAAUAGUGAUGAUAUUAUUGAAUUAAAUUACCUAAACAUUACAUUAACAACUAUAUCUCUACUGUUUUUAUAUACCAUUAAUUUUUUGAUUAUUCUACUAUGUAAGGAAACAAUUGAUUUUAAUUUAAAUUGCUUUUCUAAUCUCAAAUUAAGCUUUGGUGAUUUUAUUAUAUGGAUACUUAAUAUAUUCCAAAUUAUCAUUUUCUAUAAUUUGAAGAAAUACAAUGAAAUUUUAUAAGCAAUAAUACUUUUUGCUAGUUCCUUAAUAAUGUUAUAUAAUAUUUUUAGAUUGUUAACAUGUUUGAAAAAAAUGAUUUUAACAACUUUAAUCAUAAUUUCUUAUUAAUUUAUUUAAUCUUUAUUGAUUUUAGUCAAUUUUGAAUCAGAAAUAGAUAUUAAUAUCAAUAUUAUUAUUUAUAUCAUAGUUCCUCUACUAACUUAAAUUUUAUAUGAAUUCUUUAUUUAUAGGGAUUAUAAGAUGAUGUUGAAAACAUAAAAAUUUUCAAUUUCAAAUUGCAAAUAUAUACUUGGAAAGUUUUUUAAUGAUGAAUUCAUAUCAUUCUCCUAAUCUAUUAUUAUUUAUACCAAAAUUAUUAUUGAAUAUCAAUAGAAGAAACUAUCAAUUGAACCAUAAUAAUAAUUACCAUUAACUUAUAUCAAUUAAGAAUACUUACCAAAAUAUUUAUUGAAUUUUUACUACAAAACUCAAAUGAAAAAAUAUAUUAAAGAACUUCAGAGGGUAGAUUCUAAAAAUAGAAAUGCUAAUCAUUAUGUACAUUAUGUUGCACUUCUCUAUAGAAUUGGAUUAAAUAAUUUAGCUCUCAAAUAAAUCAAUAUCUUAUUAUUUAAUAUCACUAUGAGAACUAAUAGUAGAAGUUAAGUUAAAGAAAAGAUUAGUGAAUAAAUAAAAUCUUUUAAUACUAUGAAUUAAAGAAAAUAAUCAAUGAGUAAAUCAUCAAAAUCAUAAGAUGUACAGGAUGCAGGUUAAUUAUAAAUAAAUAAACUAAACAAAAUGCUUGCCUUUACUGGAACUCAUUUAUUAAACUUUUAUCAAAAAGUAAGAGUAAUGAUACUUAGAGAAAAAGUCAGAGAUAAAUUAAAACUAUCCUUUCAAUACAAAGAAAUGAUUGGAGAUACUUAUAGUUUACAAAUGGCUAUAGAAUUAUUCUUAAAAAGUGAAAAGAGAAACUAAAACCUAAAAGAGUAAGUGUAAAUGUUAGUCAAUUCUAAAUUAGGAUUCUAUUUAUAAUUAUAAUAAGUAAAACAUAUAAGAUCAGUCUAACUUUUUCAAGUAUCUAAAUAAUUAAGUAAGAAAAUAGAAAUCUUAGAAAAUAAACUAAUCAAAUUAUAUAAAUAUUUUCCAAGUCAAAGAAUUUAAUCAUUAUAUACUUAUUUUUAAGGAGAACUUUUAGAUAAUUAUUUAUAUGCUCAUAAAAUAACUUGUAAUUCAUCUAUAUCUGAUGAAAAGUUAAUAAAUGUACAUAGCAAUACAGACUAAAAACAUGCAUUAUUUAAUAAAGAUUUAAUAUAUUUAAAUGUUAAAUUAUUUGAAGAUACUUAAGAACUACAAAUAUAGAAUAUAACUCCAUAAAUUUGCACAUUUUUUUAAAGAAAUUAUGAUGAUUUAAAGGCAAAUAGUAAUAUAGAUUAUUUAUUACCAGAUGGGAUUAUUAAUGAACAUUAAUUAUUAGUGUAAAGAUUUCUUCAAUCUUCUUAGUCUAGAUUUUAUUUAAGCAAAAAUCUAAGUUUUUUUAAACUUCAUUCAAUAAUCAUAAAACCAUUUGAAUUCUUUUUUGAAGUUAAUUUUAGUGAUAUUACAUAAAUAUAAUUUUUAGCAUUUUUAAAUGAAAGUUUUUAAACUUCAGCUUAUAUAUUUGUUGAUGUAAAUUAAUAAGUAGGUGGUAUUACUUAAAAUUUAUUGGAUAAAUUAGGAUUUUCAAAUUAUUAUAUUGAAAAUAUCAAAUCUAAAUUGUUAUUUAAUACACCAAUAGAGUAUUUGAUUCCAAGAUUCUUAUAAUUAACUACAUAAAAAGAUAUUUUAAAUUUUACAGAUUUCUAAUUUUUAAAAUAAUCUAUUUUGAUAAAUCCAUUGAUAAAUGAUGAUGAUAGGAUAAGAAAUACAAAAUAAGACUUUUCUGAAUGGUAAUUAGAAGAAAAUUUGAUAUAUUGUGAAUGUCUAAUAUCAAUUCAUAUUAGAGAUCUUUAUGGAUAUUAAUAUUAUAUAGUAGAGAUAAAAGAAUUAAAGAUUAAUGAUUCUUACUUUCAAAACGAAUUAGAGAAUAUUUCAUUAGAUUAAGCAUUUACUCCUGUAUCAGAUUAAGAAGGAUUAGCUAAUCCACCUGGGAUUUUGAAGAUAGAAAAAGAGAAAUUUGAACCUUUGAGAAGAAAUGAUCAUUAAUUUGAAAUUAAUUUAAUUUUAGAUAAAAGCUAAUAGUUUUAUCAUCCAGAUUAAUAAAAGUAUGAGGUUAAUUUAAUGAGUCCUGUUGAUUUAAGUGCUAAUCCAACUCCAUUGAAUUCUGCAAAUCCUCUAUUGAAAUAAUAAGAAUUUUAUAGUUAAAUAGGAUAAAAUCCUGAAGGUAUUUCAUAUUCAUCUAAAAAUCAAUUUGGUAAAGCAGUAGAUAUGGAUGAUUUAGAAUAAGUUAAGAAACCUUAAUUUGAAAAUAAAGGUGAGGAUACUAAUUCUUCUUAAGUUGGAUGGGCAAAAUAGUCAUAAUUUUAUAAAAAAUAUGAAAUGAUUUAAUAAAUUUUGAAAUCUCAUAAUCCAAAAUAGUUAAAAAUAUUUACUAUAUUAUUAGUAAUAUAUUUUAUAAUUAGUUGUAUUCAUUAUAUAAUAAUAAUCACUAAAAAUUAGGAUGAUCUUAAUUAAUUUAUAUCUGAAAUAGAUAUGAUAGAAUUACAUAGUAGUUUCAUGGCACCACAUGAUAUAUUUGUAGCAAUGAGAAUAGCAAUAGUUUCAUAUACAUCAUAUAUUUAAGAUGGUGCACUUACAGUCACUUAAGCUAAUGCUUUAAUGAAACCAUUUUAUGAUAAUAUUUAAAUUGGAUUUACUGAAAUAAAAGAAGUAUUUAUAAAAUAAUUAAAUAAUUAAAAUUUAUAACCUUUUUUUGAAAAUAAAACAAUUGGUAUGAUAUUUAUGGGUGCAAAUACAAGUGAUGUUUAUAAUGUUACAUUAAAUAUUAGAGAAGCAUUACAAUAAAUCAUAUAAAAUUUACAUUAAUAUAAAUAUAGAUAUGAAAAUAGAAUGAGUACAUCAGGUAGUUCAAUUUAAGUAUUUGGAGUAGCAAAUUAAUUCUAUCUUCAUUAUUGGUUAGAGGAAUUAACUUUAGAAAUUAUGGAUUAUUCAACAAAUAGAAGUAUGACAAUAGAAUCUGAUUGGACUACAAUUUGGGCUAUAUUUGUUGUGAUAACUCUAAUAAUUACAUUAUUUAUAAUUUAUUAUUAUAGAUUAUUCAAUAAAAGAUAAGAUAUGUAUUUAGGAGUGUUUAAAUUUUGUAAUUUAAGUAGAUUACAAUAUGAAAUAGAUAGAUAUAAAUUAAUUUAAAAAUAAUUAUUAAAGAAUCCUGAUCUAGUAUUUUUAUAUAAAUUUGAUUUAUCAUAAAAAGAAUAAUAACUUUUAAUUCAAUAAAAAAUAUAAGAUUAACUUAAUAGAAAGAAUAAAGAUUAAUAACGAAAUACUUAAUUAUAAUAUGAAUCUUUAUCAAUAAUAAUUAGUAUAUCAUUAAUAUUAGGAAUUUGGAUAAUAUUUUUAGGAUUGAGUAUAAUAAUAUUUUAAGGAGAAUUGAGUUUCUUAAAGAAAUAUCCUGAUACAGUUGAUAUUUAUAAAUUAAUAUAAGAUAUGACUUAUUCUUCAGCCACCUUAUAUUAAAAUAGAGAUUUCCAUUUUAUAUUUCCCAAUUUUACUUAUAUGACUGAAUUUGAUGAUAAAUAAUUAUUUUCAUUAAUUGAUUAAGGAAUUGAAAAUAUUUUAAAGUUUAAUUUAUUGACAUAGAGAUUUGAUUCAUCUAAAUAUUAAGUAAAUAAUGAUUUUGUCUUAUUUUUUAAUUAAGUAUAAAAAUAAUCAGUUUGUGACAUAUUGAGUUAAGAAUAAUUAGGAUUUUUAGUGGAUUUUUGUCCUAUUUCAAUAUAAGGAAAUUAUUUAAAAGGAGUGAUGGCAGCAUUGAAUUUUAUGAAAAAUUAGAUUUAAACUUAAAUUGUUGCCAAUAGAUUUAGCAAAAGAUUAGAAUAUCCUAUUUAUGAUAAUGAAGCUGGUAUUAUAAUGGUUAGAGUAUUUUAAAUGAUGACUUAAAAAUUAAAAACAAGUAUGUUAGGUGUUACAAAUGAUUUGCAAACUGUCUCAAUUGUAAAAUAUCUUAAUAUAUUUUAGGUGCUUUCUUCAAUUUAUUUAAUAUUUGCAAUAUUAUCUAUUUCAGUAAUAUUUCUAGGAUUGAAAAAAUAUCUAGAAACAGAAUUUAAUACAAUUAAAAGAUUCGUACAAUUAAUACCAUCUUCCAUAACAAUGUUAGAUGAUUAAUUUGAAAGAUAUAUUAGAGCAUUAUUAGUUGAAGAAAUUUCGUGA